UUUAAUAUCGCGAGAGUUCGCACACUGCUCACUACGUAAUGUGCCGUGCUGCUUAUGGCGGCGCUGGUGACAGUGCUGAAAGCUGUUGGGUAUGAAGUGAAACUGAAUUGAAUUUUGUACCAUCUGAAACCUACUUCAAGUUCAGAUCAUCGAUCGGUCAGAAGAAACGUCAAGGAAAAAGAAAACCUACUAACAUCUCUAAAACGACCCAACGGUACAACAACUUUGAAGAAGAGACCAAGACGAAGACCUGCACUGCUACAAACGAGAAAAUCUAAAGCAACACGAAGCAACCAAACGAGCAAACCAAAGAUUUAAGAAACAGAACCAGGCCGCAACAAGCGUAGCAACCAUCAACGUUAACAGCAAAGGCGAGACCUGAUCUGAGACAAGAAGUUUGUGCCUACUCAACAGCUUUGAAAAAGCACACGUCCCAACGCUGCACCAAGCCCUCCUCAUCCUCCCCGCACCUCUUCCUCCUCUGGGGUGCGGAGAGGGCUGCUGUCUGCUAGUCUUUUCAGUUUUGAGCUUUUUCUUUGUCAAUUGUUGACCGAAUCCCACCUUGUAAUCUCAGUUUUUCCCCAUUUUGCCCAGUCUUUCUCUUGUAUUUCUGUUCACUUUUUUUCCUCAAAAGCAGUGUUCAAACACUUGCAUUUGCCUUUUUAUUUGACUUUUUUGCCAUUUAUUUUUGCAACUUUUUAUAAUUAGAACGUGUGCCAGAGAGCUGAACCUUACAAGUGUGUGUGCAUGCGCGUGUGUGACCAGAGUCUGAAGCAUCGAUUGAUUGAUUGAUCUAUCCAAAUCAUUACAGCCUUCCAAGACAACAGAACAAGAAAUCCAGAGGUGUUUUGUUGGGUGUGUAACCAAACGGAGAGGGGAGAGGGAAGGGAGGAGCUCCAGCACCACGACUCGAUUAAAAUAAAAGUUUGACUUCGAAACUGUUUAUUCCGCUCAAUCCCAGGCGUAGUAGAUUUGGCCUCUGUUUAUGGGAGAAUUAUGGGUAGUCCCUGGAAAGGUUUUGUCGAAUUUACCUUGCCGGCGUCACCACCUGCAGCUUUUGUUAGCGCUGACCUGAACAACACCUCGCCCGUUGGCCUCAGCCUGUCACCAUACGGCCGAUCCAUGAGUUUUGACCCCAGUCUGCUGCAUAAUAAUGGCCAUAGUGGCUUUGCCAAUGGAACUAGUAUGGGAAUUCGUGAGACUGGAGUAGUUGAAAAACUGCUCACAUCUUAUGGCUUCAUUCAAUGCUCUGAGAGACAGGCCCGUCUCUUCUUCCACUGCUCUCAAUAUAACGGCAACCUGCAGGAGCUUAAAAUUGGAGAUGAUGUGGAGUUCGAGGUGUCGUCUGAUAGGCGCACUGGCAAACCAAUUGCAGUGAAGCUGGUAAAAAUCAAGGCAGAAAUGUUGCCAGAAGAGCGAAUUUCUGGGCAGGUGGGGCCUGACUUGCACGCCUCUCCUUUAACUGUGCUGCAUGGUUUUAUUCAUCCAGUAGUGUCAGCUAUCCCUUCUCAUCUGGAUGGGAAGUCUGCACCUGGCCAAUUGCCCACAGGCAGUGUGUGUUAUGAGAGGAACGGGGAAGUGUUUUAUUUGACCUACACCCUAGAAGAUGUGGAAGGAAACGUUUCUUUAGAUAUUGGUGAUAAAGUUAGUUUUUACAUGGAGACCAACAAGCAUACUGGUGCUGUUAGUGCCCACAACAUUGUUUUGGUGCAGAAAAAAGAGUCAAGAUGUCAGGGAGUGGUUUGUGCUACCAAGGAGGCCUUUGGAUUCAUUGAGCGAGGGGAUGUUGUGAAGGAAAUCUUUUUCCACUACAGUGAGUUUAAAGGAGACCUGGAGGCUUUACAAGCUGGAGACGAUGUGGAAUUCACCAUUAAAGAAAGAAACGGAAAGGAAGUGGCCACAGAUGUGAGACUGUUGCCUCAAGGCACUGUUAUAUUUGAGGACAUUAGCAUUGAGACCUUCGAGGGCACUGUCAGUAAGGUUAUUCCCAAGGUCCCCACAAAGAAUCAGAACGACCCUCUUCCUGGGAGAAUCAGUGCCAGAAUCAAUUUUACUGACAAAGAGCUGCUAUUUGGGGAGAAGGACACCAAGUCCAAAGUGACGCUGCUUGAGGGCGAUCAUGUCCAGUUCAAUAUAUCCACUGACCGUCGCGACAAACUGGAGAGAGCGACAAAUAUUGACAUCCUCCCUGACACCUUCCAUUUCACAAAGGAGACCCGUGAAAUGGGUGUGAUAGCUGCCAUGCGUGAUGGUUUUGGCUUCAUCAAAUGUGUGGACCGUGAUGCCCGGAUGUUCUUCCAUUUCAGCGAAGUUUUGGAAGAGAGCCAACUGCACAUUUCUGAUGAAGUGGAAUUCACUGUUGUCCCUCUUUUUAACAGGCCCUCUUGCCUCCAUCAGGACAUGCUGUCAGCCCAAAGGAACCAUGCUGUGCGGAUCAAAAAGCUGCCCAAGGGCACAGUGUCUUUCCACACUCAAUCUGAGCUGCGUUUUAUGGGAGUGGUGGAGAAAGAAGCCAUACCUGCCAUCACCAUCAAGAACUCCAGCCCCAGCAAGGGCAAAGAGAAGAAAAAAGACAAGGGUAAAGUUGAAAAGGAUGCUGAGGAAGGCUUGAUUGCAUAUGAAGAUGUUGGAGUAAAGACCACCCUUCCCUACCAUAUUAAAGACCUUGAAGGUGGUGUUUAUCCACAGCUUGGAGACAAGGUGGAGUUCUCCAUCAGUGAAGUAAAACGCACUGGACAGCAAAGUGCUGUGUCCUUCAAGAUUCUUAACCGCGCAGUUGGCUCCAAGAGGCUGCUGGGAUACAUAGCAACUCUAAAGGAUAACUUUGGCUUCAUAGAAACAGCCAAUCACGAUCAGGAGAUCUUCUUCCACUACAGUGAGGUUUGUGGGGAUGUGGAUAGCUUUGAUCUUGGAGAUACGGUGGAGUACACUCUCUCCAAGGGCAAAGGAAACAAAAUCAGUGCAGAGAAGGUCACCAAAAUUGCCGCUGUGAAUGGAGUUGGAGAGGAUGUGAGCACUACAGUGUCCCUGGGAAAGGUGGUUCGGCCGCUGCGCAGUGUGGACCCGUCUCAGACUGAAUAUCAAGGCCUUAUUGAGAUCACGGAGGAUGGGUCCAAUAAGGGACAGAGUUAUCCUUUCGGCAUUGUUGGUAUGGCCAAUAAAGGUGACUGUUUACAAAAGGGCGAGUUGGUGAAGUUUCAGUUGUGUACGGUGGCACAGACAGGACAAAAGAUGGCCUGCAACAUCAUGCCUCAGCGCAGAGCCCUGGUGGAGUGUGUUAAAGAUCAGUUUGGUUUCAUCACGUAUGAAGUUGGAGAAAGCAAGAAGUUGUUUUUCCACGUCAAGGAGGUGCAGGACAGUCUGGAGCUGCAGGCUGGUGAUGAAGUGGAGUUUUCGGUUAUCUUGAACCAGCGUACGGGCAAAUGUAGUGCCUGUAAUGUUCGCAGAGUCAGUGAGGGUCCAAAACCAGUAGCAACACCUCGGCCUGACAGACUUGUCAAUCGCUUGAAGAGCAUCACUCUGGAUGACUCCAACGCUCCUCGUCUCGUCAUCAUUAGACAGCCUCGUGGCCCUGAUAAUUCAAAGGGCUUUAGUGUAGAGAGAAAAUCCCGCCAGCCUGGUGUUAUUGACUGAGUACUGUUCACCCCUCUUGUCCUUACAAUAGAAGGAACACCUUGAAGAAAAGCAAUCAGAUGGUCAGAGGAAGGGAUUUAUGCGUGUUCGUCUCGCUUGCAUUUUCUCUCUCACCCAUUAACACAUCACAGAGUAACAAAGGCAUCAAGACUUGAAAAUUAGCACCCACAAGUCCCUUCCUUUGUCAAAGGAUCCCGUGCAAAAAAACAACAAAAAAUCAUCUCAUGGUCUUCAUUGUAUGUGUGUUGUUUGGUUGUAAUUUGAGCAAAAAGCCCUUGUGUUGUAUGAGCGUGUGUGUGUGUGUGUGUGUGGUAUGCAUCCCGUUUGGAGAAAACUGUAAGGUUGUUCUUGUCAUGCAGAGGAUAUGAGGGGAAGUAAGGGGUUUGAAGUUUUCUCAUCUUUUUGGAUGGAGAUGUGAAGACUCGACCCGUUUUUCUUUUCUGCUGAAAUCAAAAUGCCAGGAAUUCUGCACCUGCUGCAGUGUGAGUGAGGUCUUGUUUUAAAGUAGCUCUGACUGUCUGUAUUUUGACUUCCGUUAUAUAUAUACUUUAUUUUUCCUGUAUCACUUGAAUUCCUCUCCCAAUGUCGGGUUUCUCACCCUGGUGAUUUUGCUGGGCUUUUUCUGGUGAGAAAUAAAAUGACUUUUAAUGUGCGCUCGUUUUCCAUACCCAAUACAGUUAAAUAGCUUUUUAACAUGGAUCUAAAAACUAAAUAAAUUGUCUUGCUGCAUUCGUUAUUCUCUCAUGUAUGGUUUUUGAUUGCCUUUUAAUUAUUUUCUAAUUAAAUUGGCUUUUUUUGUAUUGCUGUCUUGAUUUUACAAGUUCCUUUUUUGGGCAAGUGCAGAAUUCCUAUUGGCAUCUUGUAGCCUGCGGUCUUUUUAUAUAGGCUUUUUUUUUUUCCUUUUUCUUUGAGUUUUACUUUAACUCAGUGUCUGCUAAUGAAUAAAGGAAGAAGGUGCCUAAAAACAAAAAAUAAAAUAAAAAUUGGUGUCGUCUCUAUCCCUAAAUUGCCACUAAAAUAUGAGCAAGUAGGGUGGCCUUUUUUUUUUUUUCUUUUCUCCAAGUAGAAAAUACUGGCGUGCAUCCCCCGAUCCCUAUGGGUUGAAAUGUACUCUAUGUAAUGUGUGCUUUUACUUGGGUGGAUUUUUUUGAAAACCUAAAUAAAAUGGGCAAAUGUGUGCAGCACUUGGGGGAUGUGUAAUCCAAAAAACUCAAACAUGCAGAGAAACUUGAUUAUGGAUAGAGGCUAUUUGCAGUGCUUCUUAUGACAAAUGGAGCUAUUACUGUCAUAAACAUUCUCUGGAGCACCCUGGGUUUGUGUUGAACCUCAAGGUUCUCCUAUAUACUUUUGUUAAUGGUCUUGAAUGAAACAAUUGAAAUAAACAUUUUAUGAAAAUCAAA